AUGGAAAAACUCUUCAGGAACCGAGAUCUUAACGUUAGUGUGAGAACUGUUGAAAGAGAUGGGGAGGUAUUAUUCUACGCAAAGGAUGUGGCGGAAUCCCUAGGGUACUCAAACCCACAGAAGGCCGUCAGGGAUCAUGUAUGGGGAUUAAAUAAAGUAUUACUGGGAAAAGCCAAAGGGGUGAACGAAACGUUCACCCGGAAAACUUCGGGUGAACGAUUCGUUCACCCGAAAAACCGUCAACAACAUACGGUUCUUUUAUAUGAAUCAGGAGUGUACCAGCUUACUUUCAAAUCCAGACUUCCAAUAGCUGAGGACUUCCAGGCCUGGGUAUUCAGAGAGGUCCUCCCAUCUAUACGGAAAACUGGCACAUACAGUUUACCAGAUAGAAGGUCACUCAGAUACAACCAAAUGAUCCUAUUAAAUGAAGCAGGCUGUGGUAAUACCAGGUCUAGGUGAGUAUCAGGAUACAUCAUCUAAGAGAUGUGAUGCUUGGAAGAAGGGAUAUAAAGGUGGUCAGCCAGAUAUUAUUAUAGAGAAUCCUAUGGGGAAGUACAAAGGAUUUGCCAUAGAAUUCAAGUCUCCCAAAGGCACCGGAGUCGCAAGUGAAAAGCAAGUGUUAUGGUUCCACAAACUUAUGAAGAUAGGUUACAUG